AACUUUUAUACCCCAGCGGUUGAUUUUUAUUACAAUCAAACUUACAAUUGGACAAUUGGAAACAACUGGAAUUUUUUUGUUGUUGUUGUUAAGGUACCUAUGACUUUUCCCUUACAAUUGUGAGACUAACUUUUGUGAUUCUUGAGGUUUUUUUUUUAAAUAAAGGUCAUUGAAUUAUUUUUUUGAGUUCAAAUCUUGGAAAUCCGACCUUUUAGAAUUAUAAUUUAGAAUUACCUAAAUUAUGGUAGGUGUUUCAGAAAGGCCAGCAAGCGCAAGCUAGUUUUAAAAGCGAGAUCCAUCCAAAGCCACGCCUACUUUAAAACGCAGGACCGCUCUCAGAAACAUAAGAGACGUGAUGGGAACUUGCGUUGGUGUAGCUUAUCUCAUUCACUGGUGGGAAAACUCCACGGUACAAAGCGCAUUAUUACAAUAAUAGCGCCUUUCUUUCGCUGGAAUACUCCGAUGACAUCUGUGUGAGCGAAACGGGGUGCGUGGACGCGUAACGACGUGCAAUGUUUGGACGACAGUAACAAUUUUAAAAUGUUUAUGAACCGAAUCACCUACCCCUUCCUUUAAUAGACAAAAUGACUGGUGAAUGUUUUAAACACGCGCAGAAACAUCUUAAAAUGUUGUGUUUUCAGGUUCACAGCAUCUUUUCUCCUUACUCAGUGUGACAUCACACAGUUCACUCUCUCUCCACAAGCUCACGCUGCUGGUCUACAACAGUAACUACCCUUAUUCACACAGCCAAAUCACACUGUAACUAUAGCACCAAUGUGGCACAAAUAUGAUGUAAUUCUGGGUAUGUUUGCAUGCGUGUAUCUGUGUGUCAUGUAUUCAUGUAUGGGUGUGUGUAGUCUCAGAAUUUCAGGACAUUGAGAGCAGUUUAUUUCCUUUGAGAUACUGUUACUGUCUGACAAACAAGACCAAUGACCUCACAGAUUUCACAGCUAUUCUGCUGGAUGUAAUGGGAAACUCCACCAGUUACUUGCAAGAACUAUUUAAGUCCAGCUCUAUCCUCUCAGUCUUGGUGCCCCUCGCAUACUACAUUGGUGUCAUUUUGUCCGUGUGUGUGCUAUUAUCGCUCUUCCAGUCAGUCAGAAGAACAGCUCUGACUGCAUCUAUAUCUGUGUCAUGGCUGGAAAGUCAGACAGUGAUCUGUCUCAGUUCUGGGACAUGGGCUCAAUCAGACCACUGUUUAAUCAGACCAUCACAGAGGAAAUACCCAGAGGUAAUACGACAUUUCCAUUGCUGCCCUUUGUGGUGUGGCAUGACCUUCCAAACACAAGUGACCUGGCACUUUGGCCUAAACCCAGUACAGAUUCCCACAGGAGCAGAGUGCCAACCUCUACAAUGACAUCAUCACCUCUGACUAGAUCAGCAGCAGCUCCUGAAACUACUGUCCCUGUGACAUCCCCCACCGCCUCACCCACUAGUGAUCUCACAACCGCUGUGAUCACUCAUUCAAAAGCUGUGACGGUAACCACGCAUACCAUCGCUCCAAUGGUGAACGAGACAAUAACACUGCCAACGCAGAGACAAACAACCACGUCAAGCAUCCAGCAGCCUACUAAAGUAUCUCAUACAGAAAAACCAGGAUGUCCGUGGAGAAUAGAGCUAUUUCAUCAAGGCAGUGAGAAAGAGGACCUGAAAGAGACCCUUGAAGAGAAGCUGAUCUGGGGCAGGGCGACCAUCAGCUCAGUGAAGCUGCAGCCGUGUGUGUUUGAGCUGUGCAAGUUUUACUCUCAGUGUGUGUGCAGAGGAUUCAGCCACAGAGCAGCAGCGUUACAGCGAUAUUGUGUGGAUAGCCAUCGCUGGUAUGAGAGACACACAGCAGAGGUCUGCAGUCGAAUGAGGAGAGUCGCUUUUUCCAAAAAUCUGAAACAGAAAUGUCUGGCAAGAAUGUGUGUGAAGAUGUAAGAGGAGUUCAUUAGCAGGAUCUGAACCAUCUGAAUUGAAGUUUAUGUACAGUAUGUUUGAGAGACGCUGGGUUCUGUUAAACACUGAACUGAAUUGUCAUCAUUGAAUCUGUAUAGUCUGUGCAUCUAGUGAAUUGCACUUUGUCUCUCCUGAAUAUAAAUAAAACCAAACAUAUUUA